AUGACUAUUCGGUCCAAUGCUCCUUUGGAGGGUGGCCGGUUUGUUUUCCCGCCUGAAUGGCAUCCUCAUAUUGCCACAAUCCUCGGUUUCCCAUCAAAGUCCUCUUCUUCUGAACUUAUCUACACCGAUCUCUGCAACGAAAUCGUCGACCUCGCCGCGGCCAUAUCAGAGUUUGAGCCGGUCCGACUCCACGCACGCCCGGAGGAUGUUCCGGCCGCCCAGGCUCUUGUCAACCACAAGCUCACCGACCCCCAGCGCGUAACUAUUGUCCCAAUAGCUAUAAACCAUUGCUGGGUGCGCGAUACAGGCCCGGUGUAUGUCCAUGAUGCUACGGGUGAGCUUGAUCCAAAUCAACGCCUGGCCAUCAGUUUCGAGUUCAAUGAAUGGGGCAACAAGAACGGCUGGACUGGCAUGGAAGACCGGGAUGAUUACAUAUACGGCCCGCCUGCCAUGACGGAAGAAGAGUUACGCGAGAAUACUGCAUUUGCCCGUAAUGUGAUUGCGGCAGAUGUCCUGCCGUCCCCUGUCCGACAGGUUGUACCUCGCAUUCGCGCAGAGGGUGGCGCGUUGGUGGUCGACGGGGACGGCACUCUGAUCAUUUCUGAGAGUUGCAUGGUGUGCAAUGAACGUAACCCGGGCCAGUCCCGCGAUGAGAUCGAGGCCGAACUGUGCCGUCUACUAGGUGUCAAGAAGGUGCUCUGGUGUCCCGGCCGGAAGUGGCUUGAUAUUACCGAUGCGCAUCUCGACGCUGAGGUGCGUUUCGUGCGGCCUGGAGUGGUCCUUUGGUCGCGUCAUCAUCCUGAGGCUCCGGAAGAAUGGCUGCCAUUGUCCCAUGAGAUCCUCGAUGUUCUGAAGCGGGAGACGGAUGCCCGAGGGAGGAAGCUCGAAAUCCAUGCUAUCGAUGAGCCACAUCCGAAGCUUCUGCCCAUUGCGGACGAUGAUGAGUUUGUCGCCAGUUAUCUCAAUUUCUAUUUUUGCAAUGGAGGGCUCAUCAUGCCGAAGUUCGGCGUGGAGGAGUACGACCGCAGAGCGAAGGAGACUAUCCAGGCUCUGAUGCCGGAUAGAGUAGUCCGGCAGGUCCGUCUUAGGGCCAUCCCUCUUUCCGGUGGUGUUAUUCACUGUGUGACGCAGCAGGUGCCAGAUUUGAAGGCAUGA